AUGGACAACGAGGAGACUGUGUAUAUGGACAUAGAUGAUGAAUAUGAGCUACUAGACAUAGCUGCUCAAAUCGUUGAGUAUCGACGAGAUCUUGUCGAUAGCCAGCAAACGACCCCGCUAGAAUUAAAACAUAGUCAAGCGACGUCGCCUUUGUCGACUACAGACAUUUCAGAUAACCAAUUAUUAUCCUCACAGCUUCCACGAUCUACUCGACAAUCUACGAUCCCAAAAAUUCCAUCUUUGACUCACCAAUUUAUCGUAGUGGUCGAUACUAAUUUCCUCAUAAGUCAUUUGGCGUUUAUUCGAACUUUGAUUACCUUGCAUGCCAAAAGAUACAACAUUCUCGUGGUUAUUCCAUGGGUUGUAUUGCAGGAACUGGACGGAUUGAAAAGCACACCUAGUAACCGACAGACGUAUGCAGCUCAAAAUUCAGACGGAAAGCAAGCACCAGAUGUAAAGAACCUGGCAAAGAGCGCUAUUACGUAUUUGCAUAGUUGUCUAGAGAACAAAGAGGAAUCGUUAAGAGGACAGAUGCUCGAUGAAACGAUCGAUGCAGCUAAUUUAAACGACGAUAAAAUUCUUGACUGCUGCCGAUAUUUCCGGACUGUGUCAAGUUCAAAUAUCGUUUUGUUAUCGAACGACAAAAAUCUGUGUGUUAAAGCGAUGGUUCACGGAAUUGGGACGGCCUCUUUUGAAAAGAAGUUUGGAUUGGAGAACAUCUUGACCAGAAUUAUUGGAAGUAAACCAGCAGGCGAUCGUUCAGUUAUUGACUACCGUAAUGCAAACACUUUCAGUGCUACUCACAUGCCUCCUGGUGGUCAUAUUCUGUCAACUACCAAUCUAGCAAAGACUAGUACAACCGACAAGCCAUUGCAUAAACCUAGCUUGGAUAUAACCGCUAAGCAUCAGAUAUUAUCAUAUACUUACAACGAAGAUACAGAAAUGAUGGAUUGUGAUGAUGAAAACGAUAACGGCAUAUUGAAAAACAACAAUUACUUGACACUUCAAGGUCCCGAUUCCUCUUCUCACAAUAUAAUUGUUGGCGAUAUACAUAAGACAACGUCCAAUGAGAUUGCAGCAACCGUUCCCAUAUACCUGUCGAAUUAUCCUAAUAACCAGCCGUCACCAGUAUACAUUCAUCUCAAUUCGUCUCCAUCGGCCGCAGAUUCUAGUAUGCAUGACACAAAAAAGCUUCAAUCUUCCUCGCUAUAUGACUCGAUCCAUUCACCAAAGAAUCGACGGAAGUCUUCAGCUUCUGUGAAUUUAGAUAUAGAUAUGUUAGACACUCAAUCCAACAGCCGAGCUAACGUCCAGUUUAUCACGGGCCAAUCUCCGACCGGUCUUCUCUCACUUUCCGAUUCCAUCCAUGCCAUGCACACCCAGUUUUCCCAGUCUAGUGCAUACGUAUCUCAGAUAGCCUCGAGCUCGUCUUACGUCCAGCUAUCCUUUCCUGGACAACCCAUCCCAAAUCAACCAUUUCUUACGGAACAUGUCGCGUCCACUCCUCUAACGAUCGGUCAGCUAAGUUAUUUGGAAACCAUUCUCCCAACGAUCGCAGACUUUCUUCGCCCGGCAGUACAAUCCUAUUUAUUACAAUACCUUGGCUCAGAUUAUCUACAAACCAUAAAGGAGCGUCAACCAUGGACCGCUCAAGCUGCAUUGCGGAUUAUGGCAAGGUGUUAUUUUUCUGUGUUUUCUGACGUAUUCAAGCCGAGUAAAGGUCUUACAUUUAUAGAACAAAUGCUGAAAGUAACUAAUUCUGUGGCUAAGAAGCGAAUCAUCACUGUGGGUGAACUAUGGACAUUUUUUAAUGCUGCAGAAAUAGUGAUAAUAAUGUUGAAUCGAGAGUCGGAUGGGAAGAAUGGUAGUGAGCAUACAAAUAAGGCGGAGGUUAUUAGAGACAUGAGGAGGAAGUUUUUAGAUACAAUUGACGGGAUAGCAGCUCGAGCAAUUCAUUCGACACCACCAAAGUAG